UUUCUGAAAUUCAAGGUACUUUAUCUGAAGUUUUGGACAAGACUUCUCCUGUAGUUAAAUCCACAAAAGCUGCAACUUCCCAAUCCCGUUCAAACUCGUACAACAAUCCAUCAUGUUUUAAUACUCCACCUCUAGAAAAUAAAUUACUAAUAAGUGGAACGUCUCCCUUAUCUUUCGGAAAAACUAUACCUCUUAAUGAAACCUCUACAAAAAGAGAUACUUCAACAUCUUGUAAAUCUCUUGUGACUCUCCAGUCAAAUCAGAAGUCUUCUUUGCCAUCGUUGAUGAAAAAUGUGCAUAUGCAAUUAGAUUCUCGUGUUGCUGCUAUUCUUCAGAUUUUGGUAGAUAGGCAAGAGGAAUUGAAUGGGAAAGUAGAGCAUGUUAUUCUGAUCCUUCAUAAGAUUCAUCGCAAGUUGGCUCCAGAAGAAGAAACAAUUAUUAAACCGAAAGAACUCCCUACACUCCCCUUAACUGAUGAAGAUUCCUUCUCAGAUUUUCAAAAGUUUCUUAUACAUGAUACUAACUUUUAUCCUGUAGAUUAUUUUGCUAAACUAAUGAAAGUUGAUGAACACACUGACGAAUAUACAACUGUCGGCCGUAUUCUACCAAAAGUAAUUACAAAUUCUUUGGCUCGUAUGAUAAAUUAUGCAGGAUCAGGUUCAGUAAAGUUGAAAUUCGAAAAUACGAAGCUUCAUGAAGCAAUUAUUUCAUUCCCUGAUAGCAAUUUGGUACAAGCGGAGAAGAUGUCACGUUGGUUCUACACAAGUAAUCAGCGGAAAAUCUAGUCGCGCAAACUCCUCAGCUCAUUCGUUUCAUUUAUCGUUUGUUGUAAUGUUUAUGAGACCAAUUUUUUUAUGUAGAACUAUUAACUUUAGUAGAGGGAUAGAGACACCAUAGUGUAGUAGUAUAGGGCUUAAAUAGGCUAUUAAUGUUUUGUGCAAUGAAGUUUAUUUUGUCUUAU